GGACAAGCGAGAAGAGCGAAGAAAACAAACACCGACUUUCACAGAAAUCGCAGAGGAGAGAUCCGUCCAUAGUUACUGAAUCUGUUAUCUGAUUCCGAUGCCUUCCCGUAGAAGAACUCUCCUCAAAGUCAUCAUCCUCGGCGAUAGCGGGGUGGGAAAGACAUCUUUGAUGAAUCAAUAUGUUAAUAAGAAGUUUAGCAACCAGUACAAAGCCACCAUUGGAGCCGAUUUCUUGACUAAGGAAGUACACUACGAAGACCGCCUUUUCACUUUACAGAUAUGGGACACGGCUGGUCAAGAAAGGUUCCAGAGCCUUGGGGUAGCUUUUUACCGCGGUGCUGAUUGCUGUGUACUUGUCUAUGAUGUCAACUCCGCAAAAUCAUUUGAGGAUCUCAAUAACUGGAGGGACGAGUUUCUGAUCCAGGCGAGUCCCUCUGAUCCAGAGAACUUCCCCUUUGUUGUCAUUGGUAACAAAAUCGACGUAGAUGGUGGAAACAGCCGUGUGGUUUCAGAGAAGAAGGCUCGAGCUUGGUGUGCUUCAAAAGGAAACAUUCCGUACUAUGAAACUUCUGCUAAAGAAGGCACCAAUGUCGAAGAUGCAUUCAUGUGUAUUACCAAGGAUGCGAUGAAGAGUGGAGAAGAGGAGGAAAUGUACUUGCCGGACACAAUUGAUGUCGGAACGAGCAAUCCACAGAGGUCAACAGGAUGUGAAUGCUAAAAGGAUUCUUUUACCUUUGAUCUCGUUCUCUGAGGUUUUUACAAUCUUGUAAAUCUGUUGUCCUGUGGUAAAUUAUUGAAAAUAAAAGCAAACCCUAACGUUAUUUACCGUUGUUGUUGUUGUGCAUUACAUGUAAAGACUUUUGUUUCGUUACUCUACAAUUUCACCAGUUAUCCCUUUUAAGUAUGUUUGAAGACGACGACUAUGGGA